AUGAUCAAUCCAAAGUACUCCUUAACUCACUACUACCAUCUGGCCAGGACCCUUGCUGCCACCAAGAACCCCGUGGCUCCGCACAUCGUCAACUUGUACUUGGACUACAAUUGUCCGUUCAGUGCUAAGUUGUUUUUCAAGUUGAACGACAGUGUGAUUCCCAAAUUGCAAGAUAAACAUCCCAACCAAUUCCAGUUUGUGUUUGUCAAUGUGAUUCAGCCAUGGCACUCCAACUCGGUGUUGCUCCACGAGUUUUCAUUGGCUGUCGCAAAGCUCUUGCGGGACAGCAGUGAAAAAUAUGGAGAUACUAAUAAACUCUUCUGGGACUUAUCUAAUGUUCUUUUCAAGAAUAAGGAGGCGUUCUACGAUUCGAACAAUGUAACAUUGAACAGAAACGAGAUCUACGAACAGAUUUACGAUGUAGUUUCUAAGGACUUGGAAUUGUCAAUUGGCAAGGAUGAGAUCUUGAAAGAGUUGCAAAUCGUACCUACAUCGGGAAUUGAAAAUUCCCGCAAUGGUGGAAAUGGAGCUACCAACGACGUGAAGUAUUUCACGAGAUACUUAAGAGGUGUUGGAGCUCAUGUGACUCCUACUGUCUCAGUUGACGGAAUUAUCAAUGAUGGUAUUUCCAGUGGUGCCGAGAUCGACUUCUUGAUUGAAACCUUUGAAAAAAGCUUAUAA